UCCCACGAGCUUUCAGAUCCGAUGGAUUUACUCGCAGAUCUGCACUGAAUGUCUCCGGUGAAUCACAAUCCUCUAAACACAACCUGCUAUAACCGAAAAUAUUCACAUGAACCAUCUCCCGCUAGGAGACCGUGCCAGCCUGACAGGAUUUAAAGCGCUGCGCACUUACGGAACUUUAAUGUAGUUUUUUUGCACUAUUCCCUCACACCUUGAUGCUCUGGGUGGGUUGAAUAACUGUUUACCGUCUUAAUAACGUGACAGAGGAACAACUACACAGUUUAAAAGGAGAAUACCGGAGGAAAAGAGCUGAAGUAACGUUAGCCUACCUGCGGUGAUCACCUUGCCGACUAGAAGGUCUUGGGUGUGUGUGAGUGGGAUGUCUGCAGAUCAGCUGUGGCCUGACUAUGGUGAAACACCAGCCGCUGCAGGUGUAUGAGAGACAGCUGUGUUUGUCCUGUUUGACCGGGAUCUACGGCUGCCGCUGGAAACGCUACCAGCGCUCGCAUGACGACAGCUCCAAGUGGGAAUGUUCAUGGUUCUUCCUCCUGUGCUGUUCGUUUCUCCUCCUACUGGUCUGGUCCUACUUCUGGUUGGAGGCUCGUAAUGACUAUAAUGAGUUCAACUGGUUGUUAUAUAAUCGUUCAGCCGUUUGGAAGGAUGGCACCGUCCCUAUUCUCGCCACAACACUCACAGGAUUCACUUACACUGCAUUUUUAAUGAUUCUUGCACUUUGUCACAUUGCACUUGGGCAGCAGCUGAACUUAUACUGGAUCCAUAAGAUUGCAGUCUUGGCUGUUCUUCUCACCACCAUAACAGGAGUGGUGUCCAUUGAUGAUUUCUGGCAGGACGAAUGGGACAUCGUCAUCAUUUCACUACAGUUCACAGGGCCGUUCCUGCACAUUGGGGCUUUAGCAGUGGUCACAGCACUCGGGUGGGUCAUCGCCAGUCAGGUGGUACGUGGAGAAAGAUCAAGGCUCCAGGUUGUAACGUUGGCGGUUUAUGCGCUCAUUCUGCUGGUUUUGUAUGUGGUUCCUCUCUUCAUCUCCUCUCCCUGCAUUAUGGACCGCUCCAAACUGGGUCCACGUCCUGCUGUCAUUGGCCGUCGCGGAGCUCCAAUGCUCGCUCCAGAACACACUCUUAUGUCCUUCAGUAAAGCACUACAACAGAAAGUCACUGCCCUGGAAGCAGAUGUUACAAUCAGUUUGGAUGGAGUGCCCUUUCUGAUGAGGGAUCGCACUCUUCGUCGGACCACCGAUGUGGACAGGCUAUUUCCAGCCCGUCAGGACACCGACGCCUCAUUCUUCAACUGGACGGAGAUUCGCAGUCUCAAUGCUGGACUCUGGUUCCUCAGGGAUGACCCGUACUGGACGGUGCAGUACAUGUCGGAGAAGGACCGCAAGCGUGCGGGUAAUCAGACGGUGUGCAGCCUGGCGGAGCUGCUGCGUGUGGCCGCGAGAGCAAACCGAUCGGUAAUUUUCAGCCUCCGCCGGCCGCCACCAAACCAUCCCAGACACCAGCUGUGGGUCAGUGACGCACUCAAGGUCAUCCAGAGGUCCAAUAUCCAGCCAGAGCAGGCCAAGGAGGAAGAUAAAUACAGAGAGACAGAGCGAGACGGUGAGAGAGGAGAGCGUGCGCGAGGGGCGGGUGAGAUUUUCACAGUGUGA